CGGUCUCUGCUGGGCGUAUUUGAAGAAGAUGCUGCUGCGAUUUCCAAUUACAUCAAUCAGUUAUUUCAAGCCAUGCACAGAAUCUAUGAUGCACAGAAUGAAUUAAGUGCAGCAACGCACCUGACUUCAAAGCUUCUGAAGGAAUAUGAGAAACAGCGUUUUCCACUAGGAGGAGAUGAUGAAGUUAUGACUUCCACUCUACAGCAAUUUGCAAAAGUGAUAGAUGAGCUCAGCUCUUGCCAUGCAGUCCUUUCAACUCAACUUGCUGAUGCAAUGAUGUUUCCUAUCACCCAGUUUAAAGAAAGGGAUCUAAAAGAGAUAUUAACUCUAAAAGAAGUUUUCCAAAUUGCAAGCAAUGACCAUGAUGCUGCCAUUACCAGAUACAGUCGGUUGUCAAAAAGAAGGGAAAAUGAAAAGGUCAAGGCUGAAGUUACAGAAGAUGUAUAUACUUCAAGGAAGAAACAGCAUCAGACUAUGAUGCAUUAUUUCUGUGCGUUAAAUACUCUUCAGUACAAAAAGAAAAUUGCUAUGCUAGAACCCUUGCUGGGAUACAUGCAAGCUCAGAUAAGUUUUUUUAAAAUGGGUUCAGAAAAUCUUACUGAGCAAUUGGAAGAAUUUUUGACCAAUAUUGGCACAAGUGUACAGAAUGUUCGCAGGGAGAUGGAGUGUGAAGUAGAAAACAUGCAACAAACUAUAGAGGACUUGGAAGUAGCCAGUGAUCCACUGUAUUUGCCUGAUCCUGAUCCUACGAAAUUCCCUGUUCAUAGAAAUCUAACACGGAAAGCUGGCUAUCUCAAUGCAAGAAAUAAGACAGGGCUGGUAUCUUCCAGUUGGGAGAGACAGUUCUACUUCACUCAAGGUGGAAAUUUGAUGAGCCAGGCAAGAGGUGAUGUAGCUGGGGGACUGGUCAUGGAUAUAGACAAUUGUUCCGUAAUGGCUGUGGACUGCGAAGACAGACGGUACUGUUUCCAGAUAACUUCUUUUGAUGGUAAAAAGUCUUCAAUAUUACAGGCAGAGAGUAAGAAGGAUUAUGAAGAGUGGAUAUGCACCAUAAACAACAUAUCUAAACAGAUAUAUCUAAGCGAAAACCCUGAGGAAAUUGCUGCACGUGUAAAUCAGUCAGCUCUGGAGGCUGUUACUCCAUCGCCUUCCUUUCAGCAGAGGCAUGAGAGCAUGCGGCCAACUGUACAAUCUCGUCCUCCUGCAGCUCGUACUAGCAGUACAGGGUCACUGGGAUCUGAAUCAGCAGCUUUAUCAACACUUUCCUUGGAUUCACUUGUUGCCCCUGACACUCCUAUACAAUUUGACAUAAUAUCUCCAGUUAGUGAAGAUCUGCCUGGGCAAGGAAAAUCUUCAGGGCAGUCGGGCAGACGCACAAAUCCUUUUGGCGAAUCUGGAGGCUCAAAAUCUGAAACAGAAGAUUCAAUUCUGCAUCAGUUAUUUAUUGUAAGAUUUCUUGGCUCUAUGGAGGUGAAGUCUGAUGAAAGUCCCGAUGUUGUUUAUGAAACGAUGCGUCAAAUACUAGCAGCUCGUGCCAUCCAUAAUGUUUUCCGGAUGACAGAAUCACAUUUAUUAGUCACUUGUGACUGCUUAAAGUUAAUUGAUCCACAGACACAAGUUACAAGACUACGAUUUCCUUUGCCCAAUGUAGUCCUGUAUGCUACACACCAGGAGAAUAAGCGCCUUUUUGGAUUUGUGCUUAGAACUUCAGGAGGGAGAGUUGAGAGCCACCAAACUUCUGUCUGCUAUAUCUUUGAAUCCAAUAACGAAGGGGAAAAGAUUUGUGACUCUGUUGGACUGGCAAAACAGAUAGCUUUUCAUGCAGAACUGGAUCGAAAAGCAUCAGAAAAGCAGAAAGAAAUAGAUAGAGUCAAAGAGAAACAACAAAAAGAACUGAAUAAACAAAAACAAAUUGAAAAGGACUUAGAAGAGCAAAGCCGGUUGAUAGCUGCUUCCAGCAGAUCGAACCAGAGUGGUGGUGAAGGACAAUUUGUAGUCCUUAGCAGUAGCCAGUCAGAAGACAGUGAUUUAGGAGAAGAUGGAAAGAAGAAGAGAGAAUCUGAAGCCUAA